UUUGUCCAAACACAGGCCGGUGAUCGAGCUGCCUCACUGUGAGAACUCGGAGGUGAUCGUGCGUCUGUACGAGAUGCCGUACUUCCCCAUGGACUUCUGGGCGCGUCAGAUCAGCCGCCUGCUGGAGGUCUCCUCCUUCCUGCUCUGUGGAAGAGGUAAAGUGGUGCGGCCCAACCGGAUCUACUGGAGGAGAGGAGUGUACCUGAGCUGGUCUCCGGAGGCGUACUGUCUGCUGGAGGCCGCCUCGCUGGAGGAGAACCCCUCCAGCUUCGUCAGGAUCACUGUGCCCUCCUCACGAAAAGGCCGGGUGCUGCUGGGUCAGGUCGUGGACCACGUGGACUCGCUGCUGGAGGAGUGGUUCCCCGGCCUGCUGAACACGGACGUGCACGGCAGCGGAGAAGCUCUCCUGAAGAAGUGGGCGCUCUACAGCUUCCAGGACGGGCAGGAGAGGAGCCGGAUCCUGCUGGAGGACCUCUUCACCAAGUGUGAAAAUGAUUUCCUGCUGGUGAACCCGAAGGACCCGAGCUUCAAACUCCCCAUCUCUCAGAUCGCUCCGGACCUGGUGCUGAGCGACCAGCCGGCGGGGACCAUGCUGGACAGCGAGGAGCUGGAGGUGGACAUGGUUAAAGAAAACCGUCUGGGGGACGGGGGCUUCGGGACUGUCUAUCGAGGCGUCUACAAAAAUGAAGAAGUCGCCGUGAAAAUAUUCAACAAGCAUGCGUCUGAGUUUUACACCUACAGACUCCUCAGACAGGAGUUGGCGGUGUUGGGCCGCCUCCACCACCCCAGCCUGGUGGCUCUGCUGGGGGCCGGCUGCUCCCCUCAGGUCCUGGUGAUGGAGCUGGCUCUCAGAGGCUCUCUGGACUCCCUCUUUGAGCACGAGCACGGCAGCCUGAACAGGAAGCUGCAGCACAGGAUCGCCCUGCAGGUGGCCGACGGACUCAGGUACCUCCACUCAGCCAUGAUCAUCUACCGGGACCUGAAGCCGCACAACGUCCUCCUCUUCAACCUGAAGACGGACUCGGAGAUCAUCGCCAAGAUCACAGACUUCGGCAUCGCUCAGUACUGCUGCGCCAUGGGGGUGAGGAGCUCCGAGGGAACGCCAGGCUUCAGAGCUCCAGAGAUCGCCCGAGGGAACGUGAUCUACAACCAGCAGGCGGACGUGUUCUCGUUCGGCCUGCUGCUCUACGACCUGCUGACCUGUGGGGAGCGCAUCUCUGACGGCAUGAAGUUCCCCAGCGAGUUCGACGAGGUCGCCGUGCAGGGGAAACUGCCAGACCCAGUGAAACAAUACGGCUGCUCCCCCUGGCCGGGCCUCCAGGAGCUGAUGAAGGACUGUUUGAGGGAAAGUCCUCAGGCUCGACCCACUUCUGCUCAGGUGUUUGAUCGGCUGAAUUCGGGCCAGAUGUUGUGCCUGAUGAGGGAGCUGGUGGUCCCCCGUGCGUUCAACACUGAGUGCUUCACGGUGAGCUCUGGCAGCGGGGACGGACCCUCCAUCAGACACACAGCCUGGGUGGGGGGGGGCAGCAGCACCCAGAGGAGGGGCUUCAUCACAGCCGUGGACCUGGACACCAACGCAGUCUCUACACAGGACAUCGACACCAGUCCUGUCUUGUGUGUCGUGACCGUCCAAAUCCCAACGGAGGCCUGUGAUUGGCUGGUGGCUGGCACCCAAUCAGGGUACUUGGUGUGUAUCAGCACUGAGGACCUGUCGAAAUGGCACUACCUGCAGAGUGUCACUGACGCCGUCACCUCGCUCUACUUCCACGUGCACCCUCGUCGAGCCCAAAGAAAGAAUUACCUGCUGGUUGGGACCGCCAAUGGAGUCCUUACCAUCUAUGAGGACUCUGUACUAAAGCAGAAGAGCGGGCAGCCGGUGAAGUCGCUCACCGUGGGCAGUGGCAGCACGCCGCUCGUGUGUCUGGGUCAGUCCGUGUAUUCUCUGGACAGCAGGUGUGUGUGGGCCGGCUGCGGGAUGAGGGUCCUCUCGUUCACCGCCGACUACGACGUCUGCAGGAGCUUCGACACCAGACCCAACCUCAUCUUUCAGCAGCAGCGGUCGCUGGCCGGUGAAGCGUGUGUGUCUCGGAUGGUUGUGGAUAAAUAUGUGUACCUGAGCAAAGGGACGCCUGUGGUCGAGGUUUGGGACAAACGCAGCGAGAGGAUGGUGGACUCCAUCGACUGCGCUCAGAUCAUCAGAGAUGACUCCGGCUGUAAGAAGGCCAGCGAGGUGGACCCCGCCCCUAAUGUGGCCCCCCCCUGGGCCCAGGUGAAGGCCCUGCUGGUGCAGAGCGCUGCGACCCUGUGGAUCGGCACCCGGGGGGGGCACCUGCUGCUGCUGGAGCUCUGCAAACACCAGCCUCUGCAGGUGGUGGGGCCCUGCUGCGCCUCCAUCCGCUGCAUCAGCUCCGCUCUCAUAGAAACACUAAACUGGAAGAACGUGGUGCUGGUUCUGGGCAGAAAACUCCCACAGGACACAAAUCAGUUCGACGAGUCGGUGCUGAUGGUGUGGAACAGCACGCUGCCGAUGGAGGUCAAAGACCUGACGAAACACUGCGAGAAACGAGAGCAGAUCGCCGCCAAAAUGAGACAGCAGCUACCCGGUGACUGACCCACACGCUGAGCCUUCGUGGAAAGGGAUCCUCUCUGCAGUGGAGCGAUGUGUGAGCAGCUCACAUUAAAGGAUGUUUACCUCAGUUUCUGACAGCCAUACUGACUAUCAAGUGCACUGACCCAGAGCUAAUGAAGGAGAGCACAAUGCAAUGAACCACUCUGAAAGAAAAGCCAUUCAAGUAAUCAAUAUUUGUUGUUUUUGAAGAUGCACUUAUUUGCCGUGUUUCACCAGACAUCUUUUUGUGAUUAGUAAAGAGACAUGUUUCUAAAAGGGACACAGAUGGUCGGGUUGCGUUGUUAUCAGCAGCGCAGAUGUUCAGGAAGACCCCCUGCUCCUGAGAAGAAGUGUUUGUUUACCUGUUGUAUGAUUUAAAAAAAAAACUGGAAAGAAAGCCAAAGAAAAUAGCCUUUUAAAAAAGUGUAUAUUUGAUUAUUUAUUUGCACGUGUGUGUGUUUACCACUUCUCAUAUGCUGCCGACUUUCUACAAAGCUUUUAUGUCAUUUGAGUUACAUUUUGUGAAGUCAACAAUACGUAAAUGCUAUUUUAUUUACUGGGAUUGUGCUGUUUUUAUUUUCAGAGCAAGAAGGACGUGAGUGUGUGUAAACAUUGUAUUGGUUAUUCCUCUUUUUAUAAAAGU